AUGUCAACCACUAGUAAAACACUCACAUUCCUCCCCAUAGUGGCCCGCAUCAUACUCCUACUCUAUGGGAUCUACCAGGACUCGCUCCCCAUACCUGUAAAAUACACGGACGUGGACUAUUACGUGUUCACAGACGCUGCAAACCUCACAUCCCACGGUGCUUCUCCAUAUAUCCGAUCCACAUACAGAUACACUCCCAUUCUAUCCUUUUUACUGCUACCAGGCAUAUGGACGGGAUGCCAUUCAUGGUGGGGCAAAGCUAUCUUCAUACUAGGUGACAUUGCUAGCACUGUAUUGCUAUCUCGUAUAUGUAAAUCACGUGGUAUAAAUCAAGAACAGUCGCAGUACUGGAUUGCUGGAAUAUGGAGUCUGAAUCCAUUCGUGGCUACUAUCUCCACGCGGGGAUCGUCGGAAUCGCUGGCUGUUUGUUUGGUGUUGUGGGCUGUAUACUUGAGUCUGGUCAAGAGGUGGAAGAUGAGUGCUGUUGUGUUGGGAGUUGCUAUUCAUUUCAAGAUUUAUCCGGUCAUAUACGGGGCACCGUGUCUCGUCAGUCUGAAACCUGAUGGUGCUGGUGUGGAAGGGACUUGGAGGGAUGUUAUGACAUUAAAGAGGGUGCAGUUUGUCGCUAUAUGUAGUGGGACGUUCGUUUUGCUGUCGUUAGCCAUGUACACUGUAUACGGAUACCCAUUCAUCCAGGAAUCAUACCUAUACCACUUCACACGCCAAGACCACCGCCACAACUUUUCAGUCUACUUCUACUCCCUCUACCUGACAAGCUCGUCACACUCGCCAGCACUAUGGUCACGACUUGUUAGUUUUGCACCUCAAUUGGGACUAGUUGCCUUCCUUGGCUUUAGAUACGGACACGACUUGCCGUUUGCAUGCUUUUUGCAAACGUUUGCGUUUGUCAUGCUGAAUAAGGUUUGCACCUCUCAGUAUUUCAUGUGGUAUCUAUGCUUCCUGCCAAUCAUACUUCCCACUAGCAGUUUAGCACAUUCAGGAAUGGGACUGUGUAUGCUUGUUGCGUGGGUUUUGGGACAGGCAUUAUGGCUCAACUAUGCAUAUCAGCUAGAACAUCUAGGCAGGAAUACAUUUCGUGAACUGUGGAUUGCUGGAUGUGUCUUUUAUAUAGUAAAUUGCUGGAUUCUGUACGAAUUUGUUCAAGAUGGGUCUACUUGGACAGUGCCUAAGGCUGCUGUGGAAAAGAAGAAGAAGAAGGCAUGA